CUCAGCCCACCCGACUGGAAUCUUCCUCGGCUUUUAUCUGCCGUUCCUAUAAACUCCCCCCUCUACCCUUCGUCAUCGUCUCUCAUCGAGAGCCAGCGACCAACUCAUUCUUCCCAUCCCAACAACAGCACGCAGCGAUCGCUGAGACUACUUCGGGUCAAGGCUUCCAUGGGAAACUACGUCUCCUGCACCCUCGCCGGGCCGGCAGGGGGCCACGCGAGAUCGGUCAAGGUGAUCCUCCCCUGCGGCCGGGUCCAGCGCAUCGACGGGCCGGCCAACGCGGCGGAGCUCAUGCUUGACGCGCCGGGGCACUUCCUCGUGGACUCGCGGUCGAUGCACGUCGGCCGGCGGUUCGCGCCGCUCGUGGCGGACGAGGACUUGGAGAUGGGCCACGUCUACGCCAUGUUCCCCAUGAAGCGGGUGAACGCGGUGGUGGCCGCGGCCGACAUGGCGGCGCUGCUGAUGGCAGCGCGGAAGGAGGUCCGCCGGGAGUUGGGCGGCGGCGCCAGGGUCCUGCCGGAUGCCACCCACGUAUCGACGGAGGUGGCGGAGGGUUAUCCUCCGGAGUCGGAGCAGAACGCCGCCCGGACAUCGUUGGAGGAGGCGGCGGAGAUGAGGGAGUUCAGAUAUAGGUUGAGCAUGUGCAGGUCAAGGAGACCAACUCUGGAGACCAUCGCCGAGGAGCCCAUUUGCUCCAGAUAAUAUAUAUAUAUAUAUAUAUAUAUAUAUAUAUAUAUAUAUAUAUAUAUAUAUAUAUAUAUAUAUAUAUAUAUAUAUAUAUAUAUAUAAGCCUUUUUUUCAUGUGUUUUGAGUGAUAGAAGGGGGAGAAUGUUAAGAACUUAGGCUUAUAUAGUCUUUGUAAUGUAAAUUAGGGAUUCAAUGGCUAUUGGAUGCAUAGAUUAAUAUAUGCGGUUGUGAUGGUGAGUAAUCACUAUAAAAUCAAAGUUGAAAGCAAAAAGAAUUCUUUGUUGGUAAA